UUCGGUUGAGACUGAGAAAAAUCGGCGGGAGCCGCUGGUGGAGCACCCGCCGGCGCCUGGGCCUUUCCGGAGCGAGCGGCAGACGAGGUACUAUCUUCAGUUAGAUUAUUAUUUCCAGAAGUAAACAAUGAUGGCUGAGAACCUAGACAAGUUCCUUGAACACAAAGCGAGGUUGUUACAGGACAAGGCAAAACUUGAAAAUGAUCCCCCAUAUAUGGAGAUGCAGAAUAAAAAUGCAGAGAAACUUUCAAAGGCUAGUGAAUUAUUAAUCUCCAUGGCUAAAGAAAACAUCCCACCGAAUAGUCAACAUAUUGCUUUGCAUGACUAUGGCUUAAGCUUGCCUCUGGGGGAGGAUUAUGAACAUAAAAAACACAAACUAAAGGAGGAACUUCGACAGGACUACAGGCAAUACCUUUCACAAGGUAUGUCACAGGCAAAAAAAAAGAAAAGGUAUUUAAUAUCAGGGGAAGUUGAUCCAUAUACUCAAGGACUUUCUCUUCCUAUUUGCGACAGAAGAUCUGCUAAGGACAGGUUAAGACUUGAAAGAAACAAGGAAUACAAUCAGUAUCUCAGGGAAAAGGAAGAAUGGAAUGAAAGGUUAAGAAAAGUAGGGAAGAAACAAAUAGAGCAUGACACAGAUAUCCAUAAGCAAAAUUUUGCUGUUAACAGAAUCCAAUCAGAAUUAUAUGCUCCAAAUGUGUCUUUUCAAAAAGAUGAAGAAUCCAGCAAGAAAGAUGCUUGUACAGCUACAGAUACCUAUGAUGGGUUAUCAAAUAUAAGAUUAUUGUUAGACCAACAGCAUAAACAAGAUAUUGAAACUGGUUUGGGGGAUUCGUUACUGAAUAAAACACUUGAUGAAAAACUGAACAUUUCCAGUCGAAAGCAAGGAAAGCUGGAUGGCAAAUCGGAUAACUAUUUCCAAAGAUAUCACAAGUGUGAGGAUCAUGAUCCUGAAAUAAAUGAUGAAAUGGAUCCCAGGUUUCGAUAUGAAAGUGACUAUGACAAAAAACCAUUGCGGGUCUUUCAUGCCCAAAGAAGUCAAGGAAAUUCUCCUAUUGAGCAAGUACAGACUGCUGUUGAUAGAGUUCCAUAUGCCACAGGACUAAUACUUGGAAGUCAAGACAGAGAAUUUAUUCAGAAAAGAAAAGAACAAUAUAGGCAAGAAUUAAUAGAGCAAAUAGCUGAGCAGCAAAGAAAUAAGAGACGUGAAAAGGAACUUGAAUUCUCUGUUGCUGCAUCCGGAAUUGUAGACCCUGAGAAAAAGCCCAACAGACUAAAAGAGUUGGGAUUAAAGCCACAUAUAUCUGAGGAGAAAAUACCACCUGAAAGGCCAAGACCAGCUUUCUAUACUCCUUCUCCUGGAAUUACUUCUAUAUCUGCACCUCCUGUGUCACCGGUGAAUGAAGAUUUCCAUAGAGGCUUGUCCAGUGCUCUUGGAGAAGUGUUGGCUCCCAGAAUUGCCCCCAUUCCACCACCUCUUCCACCACCAAUUUUGACUGAUAGUUAUAGAACUCCAUAUGAUGAUGCCUACUACUUCUAUGGCACCAGAAAUCCUUUGGAUCCCAGCCUCGCAUAUUAUGGUGCAGGCACAGUGGGGACACAGCCUUCAUCUGCCCCACCACCUCUUGAUACUACUCAAAAACCUCCUCUGCCCAUCAAUAAAAUUGGAGCAAGCAUUGCAAGUAUUAGACCAAAAGGUUUGGGAAUAUUUCCUGAGGAAAAACCAAAACCCACAAGAGAGGCUACCUUAGCUUAUCAACAAGAAUUACAGCAGCAGAUAAGGGAAAGAGAAGAACGUCGUAGGCAAGAAAAGGAAGAAAAAGAACGCUAUGAAGCUAAAAUGGAAGCUGAAAUGAGAAAUUACAACCCUUGGGGGAAAGGAGGGGGCGGAGCUCCUCUCAGAGACAAAAAAGGAAAUCUUAUAAGCUUUACAUAUACACAAACAUCCCCUUUUGCGCGGGGUAAUAUUUUUGGAGAGCCCCCAAGUCCAGAACAAUUAAGGAGACAAGAGUCAUAUAAGAACUUCCUUCGUUUUCAGAUAGAGGAAAAAAGAAGAAGAGAAGAAGAAGAACGUGAAAAACGAAGGCUUGAAGAAGAAAGGGAAGAAAGAAAGUUAGCUGAGCAAAGAGCUAGAAUACAAAGAGAGUAUGAAGAGGAACUGGAAAAGAGGAGAAAUAAAGAAGAAGAGCAAAGAUUAAAAAAUGAAGACUUAUAUAGAUUAGCUGAAGAAAGAAGAAAAGAAGCUGAAAGGAGAAAGAUAGAGGAAGAAGAAAAGAAUAAAGAGGAUAUUGAAACUGAAAAACAUUUGAUUGACGAGAAGAUUCCUCGACACCCUUCUCCUCUUAUACCAACUCUUCAGAGUAAACCAUUAGUAAAAGAAGAAAGGACACUUCUGAUGGAGAGUCGUUUGUCUUAUUACACACAGGAUGUCCCCAGAGUUCAGUCCCCACCAGUGCCAGCUAGAAGAAAUCAAUUACGUGCAUAUGAAGAAAAAAAGAAUGUAAUAAAUGAACUUUCGGAGAUGAGAAAGCAGCUCCGCAGUGAAGAGCGACGACUACAGGAACAGUUGUUAAAAGUUCACAGUGAUGAUGAUGAAAUGCCAGUGAAAGGGAAAAAACAGAAUUUGGAUGUAUUUGAGAUGGCCAGACUCCGCAUGCAAGCUCCAGUAAGGCGACCAUCUUCAAAGGAGAUUGCUGAUCCUAUUAAUCUACAGAAUAUCCGUGAAUUUAAUGAACUUAAAUAUAAAGAUUCAGAAACACGAGUAGAAACAAGAUAUAUGUAUCCUGAUCCUCCCACCAAUAAUGAUUCUCUGGACAUUCAGCAGCUAGCAUUGCUAAGAGAGCAAAAAAAGAAACUUAAAAAAAUGAGGAGAAAUGCAGAAGGUUCCCUAGAUUUUGAUGAGCCAGUAUCUAACAUUAGAUCAAGGGACAAGGGAUUGAUUAGAGAUGCAGACUCAGAUGAAUUUAUGAAAACCUCACUCCUGGAAUCUGAGAGUGCUUUUAUUGGAACAGAUGGUGAAACUUACCCAAUUUUAGAAGAGCAUAACUACAAUAUGAAUAUAACUCCUUCACCCUCUGUAUCUGCAAGAGAAAGAAGGAGAGAGAAGAAGAAGGAUGAUGCUUCUCAUAGGAGGACUCCACCACCACAAUUUGACAACAGCUCUCUCCACUCGAAUUCUACUGUCAACAUAGAUCAAUUAAAAGCCAGAAAUGAAGAAAGGCUGCAAAGAUUAAAUGAACUACAUAAGAAUGCCAGUCAUAUAGCUGAUGACAUUUCACUGGGGAAUGGUGAUGACAUCCUGAAGGAAUUACUUCCUAGGUAUGGCAGAAGACCCAGUUCGAUUGAUUCUGUGGCAACUGAGCUGUGGCUUAGACCUGGGACAUCAGAAACCUUUAAAAGACUCAUGGCUGAGCAGUCAAGUCAAGCUAAACCCACUUCUGAGAAGAGGAUAACAUUCAAUUGGCAGGGGCUGUCAACUGCCCAUGGCUAAAUAAACCUGUGGUAAAGCUGUUUGUGCCUUUCAAAAGUUUCUUCACUAUUGCACUUUUAUAUUCAUAGUUGAUUGUAAAAACAAUGCCUACCUUUGGUCAAUUAUCGAUACAUUACUGAUGACAUCUAAAUUUGGAAAUAUAUUCCCACAGUAAAUUUUCAUGAAAGCUUCAGAAUAUAGCUAAAUAUACAAUUUAGUGUACAUUUAAUGGUACUGAAGCAAAAAUUUUCAAGUUUAUUUCUGAAUUAUUUUUCUCUCUCAAAAAUUACCUCAGAUUUCUGCAAGAUUGAGAAAUAUGACCUGAAUGUAAUCAAAUAAAAUACUGUGGCUUGUUGUUCUUAGACAUGUAAUAGAUGUUUAGGGAUUAUCCAGGAUUUAAAUUCAUUGCUGCUUUACUUCUAGCCCACAAGUCUUAUCCAAUCAUUUGUUCUAAAAUGCUAUUUUUAUAUUUUUAUGUGUAUAUGUGUGUUCAAAUGUCAAUAGUGAAUUCUAUAAAUGUAUUUAUGUUCAUGACUUAAGAUGACAAAAUAAAUUAUAUUUUUAUCAGGAUUCUAAUGAAGUAUUUGUGAAGAUGGAUAUUUUGUGAAAUGAAUAAAUUUUCUUUAAUAAUGAAAGCU